UGUGCACUGAAUCCAGCGCACCUAUCGGUUGUCAACAGUCAGUGCAGCGGCCGUAUGGCGGCGUGUUUCACGGCACAAAUCAAACCGUGUCGUGUGUCUCUGGAUCCAACCGAGAGUCGACCUGCAGUCACAGAAACAACCGAACUAACCAACAAUGGCUCAUCUGACUGAAAACCCCGCUGAUAAAGAGAGGUUCAUCUGCAUCUACCCGGUCUACAUCAACAGCAAGAAGACGCUGGCUGAAGGACGAAGGAUCCCCGCAGAGAAGGCUGUGGAGAACCCGUCCUGCUCUGAGAUCAGAGACGUCCUGACGGCGGCGGGGAUGAACGUCUACAUGGAGAACAAGCUGCACCCCAGGGAGCUGAACCGGGACGUCCAGUUCAGAGGCCGGGUCAGGGUCCAGGUGAAGGAGGCCGACGGCAGCUUCUGUCAGGACAAGUUCUCCUCCCGUAAAGACGUGAUGAUGUACGUAGCGGAGAUGAUCCCUAAACUAAAGACCCGGACCCAGAAGAGCGGAGGAGGAGACACCAGCGCUCAGCAGGGAGAGGGCGGAAAGAAGAGCAAGAAGAAGAAGAAAUAGACUCAAAGAGAGAACUUUUUAUUUUAAAUUCAUUUGAAACGUGCAGAAUCAAACCCUGGACAUCUUAUUUUGUUGUUCAGCCGUCAGUCUGUGGGGAGGAAACGUUACGCAUAUAGUUACGAGUAUAGGCUUAGUUGUCAAGGGACACACUCUUAGAAUGUUUGCUGGAAAACGACUUUCCACAACUCCACCAAACUCAAAAUGUUAUCCGACAAACACUGACAUACACAGACUGAGGGCACACACUGAUCCAGCAGUUGGUGUUGGUUGGAGUUGGUCGAUAUUUUAGCCCAUUUUAACUAUCUCUGGCACUUCAACUGAAAUUUUAAUUGGUAUCAUUGUUUACUGUUUACAUUUUAAUUGCUUUCAUCUAUUAAGAUUCUCUUAAGCAUCUCUUAUCUAAGUUAAAGACUGAAGUGUAUGAUUGACAAGUGCUUACUGUAACAUUGUGCUAAUACUGUCUCCUAAACCUCUGCACAUAAAGUAGAAAGCAUAAAGUAAGCACUUCAGUUAAAUAUUUUGCAAUAUCUCAUCUUGUAUGAGAUAUUUUACUUUUAUACAUGAAAAUCUUGACCUGCAGGUGGCAAGUGUUUGUGUUCUUGUUCUUGUGUUACAUUUCAGUAGUUUUGCAAAUCACAAUCGACAAGCUCUCUGAUGAGAGACGCCACGAGAGGAUUCAGGCUGGUGGUUUUUCUUUGGAGCCUCUUGCCAGAUUUCCGGCUGAUCUGUGACUUUGGCAUUUGGUGCCAUCAGGGUUGAUUCUCAGUAUGAACCAGCAGGAAUAUAUUAUAUCUCAAACCAGUGUUUGCCCCACUCGGUGCAGAAUGCACUUUAAUGCUAACUAUUUAAAACAUACUGCUGAUGCAGAAAGUCAGGGGAACAGAGAGAGUGUGUUGUAGGGUUGUGGGUGUAGGUGUAAGGUAUACUUUGUCACAUCAGUCCAAUCCUAACACAUAAACAUCACAUCUUCCUAAUGUCCUCGUUUCUGUUACUGUUACCAUGCUAGCACCAGCCGUAAUAUUGACAACUGGAGUUAGGGUUCAUUUAUGAUGGACAAACCUCUAAAUGAACUCCAGUGUACUGGCCGCAUCUUCCUGGUACUGCUCAUUGAAUACAUAGUAGCAGCCAAACAGGACAGCUAAUGCUGAUGAGAAAUCCUCUUGGAUGAUGGCUGGAUGAUGAUUCUUCCCUCCAAAGUCAACCUCCAUGUUUUUGCUUGGAGAACAGAGUCCCCUGUAACAGACACCAGCACAGCAUGCUCAAUAUGGUCAGCCUAUGGGUAAAAAUCAUACCAUAACAGGACUUAAAACGAUGGGUGAUGAUGAGGUUAAAGGUGGUGUUGUAAUGCCUACAUUAUACUGAAAUAUUUUUAUAGUUUUAAAUAAAAUUAACAACAUGCAUAUUACGUAUCAGACCAUGUUAUAUUACUCAUGCCAUAUUAUGCCAUGAAAUAAAAAUAAACUUUUGUAAAGGUU